AUGGCUCUAAAUAUUAUGGAUAGGAUUUUAAAUUUGGAAGUCCCAGAGAGUGGUAACAAUUCCAUAAAUAUUAUAUUAGGUGUUGUUAAUAUUUUUUUUUUUGGAAUUGGUAUGAUAAUAUUAGGAAUAAUAAAUAAAGAUAUAGAUGAUUUAAUAAUCGGUAUCUUACAACUACUUGUACCUUUAAUAGGAUGGAUAUGGGCUGUAUUCUGGGGUAUUCUUAUAGUUAUCAAAAAUUCCAGAUGA